UUUUUAAUGUACGUUGUUUUGUCCACGAACUUAAUCUUCAUUUUAUUCUUCAAAAAAUGAUUACAACUAAUUAUAAUGACCCAUAAUAAUUUGACACAAAAUAAUUAUUUUUUGAAUGUCUUUUAAUGAAUAAAAAGAUUGACCGCACAGAACAAGCAAAUGCGGAUGACCAUCAGAAACAAGUCUAGAUAUAGUAAACGACCGUCAGGUCAAUUCGCACGAGGGUAAAAAUCACUGCCCGCGCUUCAGCGAAUCGUAAACAUCCACACCGCGCGCUGUUAUUUACAGAACGCAUAUGUAUAUUAGAGAUAUAGGUUAUAAACACACAUACGUCCGAUACGCCACGUGUAUAUUUGCUUGUAAUGCAUCGUUGAUUUUCUCAUAAAUACGUAUGAAAAACAAUGUAUUCCGCUAAACUUUCAGGUUGCCAACUGAGUUCUUCACAUCGUCAUUCGUCAUUAUCAUCCAAUCUCUUCAUCUUCUUCGUCCAGUCAAUGCGCUUGAAAAGAGAGACAGCGAUAUCGUAAAUCUGCGCGCGCGCGGUUUUCUUGCUCCCACGUCACAUGCUGCAGCAACUCGGUACUGCGACAAGGAUAGAAGAUAGCAAGAUGGCAGCGUAUGUAAGAAGAACGGCGCAGCCGAAAGUAUAGUGUAGAGGGAAAGAGAGAGAAAUAAGCAUCCACAAAUUUGAGUUUGUAUAUAGUAUGGUGUACAGUAGGAUGGGGGCGUCUAGUGGCGUUAGUGAGAGAGCGGUGGCGGCUGCGACGGCGGCGUGCUGCGGCGGCAUGCUCGACCAGCGCAUGCGCGACUCAGUUUACAGUUGGAACUCGGCGGAAAAUGGCGUCGGCGAAGUUCCUUGAGGAGGCUCUCAGCACGGACGUGGACGAGUCCGCGGUGAACGCGAUCGUCGGCAGCCUCGAGACUCAACUAGUGACAAGCAGUAGCACGAAUAACGUCGCUGGCCAAGCUCGCAACCACGAGGUUAGCACUGCCGAGGCAAAACCCGCCGUCAAUGGCACGAACAGCAGCGGCAGCGGUAGUAGUACCGAGACCAACGACAACACUAGUCCCCGUGCCACUGCUACGGCAAGUCCGCACGGCAUGACUGCCAACAGUUCGCCUCAGCCCUCGCCGACGAGUAGCGCGGUGGUGGUCGUCACUUCGGCGCCCCAGCAGCAGCAGGCCAACUUCGUUAACCAAGUAACGACAAAUCAGGUCGCCAUCGCCGGUGCUGGCGCCACGCAAUUAGCCAAGGUUCAGGCGGAACACCUGAAGAUCGUUUAUUCCGGCACUGGCCAAGUGAUCACCGCCGCUAACGUCGUUAACGCAAACGCGAGCAAAAUUACCUUUCCCGCGGGUCAAAAUGUGGCCCAAUUGGCCAACGGCAGCCUAGGUGUCGUCACCACGCAGACGGUUUUGCAGCAACAGCCCCAGCAGCAGCAACAACAACAGCCCCAGCAGCAGACCGCUUCUAAUGCAGUGGCUAAUGUGCAGACAGUUACAGCAGCAGCACAACAGCAAUGCAACACUAAUCAGGCAACGAUAAACCUGAAUAAACCGACUGCUUUGGUCAUUAAGACUAGUGGGGCACCUGGUGGCAUGGUAUCCGUCCCUAUGUCAGUCCCAGUCACAGUGGCUGCCAAUAUCACUAACACACAGCAGCAGGCUAAGCCUGGUGUUACAUCCACUAUAGUGCCCAGCAAUGUACAGAUACUUAAUGUUAAUGCCAUGCGGCCAGGUACCACACCAGUGGCUGGCCAGCAGCAGGGUAAACAAGUUGCUUCUCGAGUUGUCAUCAACCCACAUGUCAUGACUGGACGAGCAGGGACCCCUGGGAUAACGCUACAGACUCUACAGGGUUUGCAAGGUAGCGGACCAGGAGGUCACUUGCUAUUGAAGACAGAAAAUGGUCAGUAUCAACUGUUGAGGGUAGGACCAGUCCCGCAACAAGGUACUCCGGCUGGAACGGUAACUCAAAAUAGCAUCGCAGCCAAUACUAUGGUUGCUACAGCAGGUGCUGGAGGUACCACAACCUAUCGUUUGGCUUCGUUGCCAGCUGUAAGUAGGCUGAACGCACAGUUCACUGGUCCAACACUCGCCACAAUAAGAAAACCCAUUCAGACUGUAGCUCCAACUGUAACUACUACAACGUCAACUCCGGUAACAUCAACAAUUAACGCUGCAACAACCACGGCUUCCAAUACACCUGCAGCACCUACUCAAGCAAGCCAGGCAUCCGCGCAGCUUAAACGUCAAGCCACAGAUAAUACCAAAGAAAAGUGCCGUAGAUUUUUAGCGAACUUAUUAGAGUUGUCUAGUCGAGAACCUAGACAAGUGGAACGAAGUGUACGGACGUUAAUUCAAGAGUUGAUUGAUGUUAAAGUUGAACCAGAGGAGUUCUGUGUUAGAUUAGAGACAUUAUUAAAUGCAUCACCGCAACCGUGCUUGAUUGGAUUCCUCAAGAAGAGCUUACCUCUUUUACGUCAGUCGCUCGUUACGAAGGAGUUAGUUAUCGAAGGGAUACGGCCACCACCUGCUAACGUUGUAUUCUCGAUAGCGACCGUUGUAUCAACUGUCACACAAAAUCAAAUUAGGCCGACAGUAGCCGUUUCUCCAGCUGCUACUGGCACGCAAGUUGUUGCUUCCUCAGGAGCUAAUACACCUACGGCAACUCCACAAGUUCGCGUGAUGGCACCUAUGUCAACUGUCACGAAUGUUCCGCGGCCACCGCAACCUGUCGUUCAGCAAAGAGUGGUACAACAAAACGUGGCAAUGGUAAGACCUCCAGUGAAAACUUACUCAAUAAAAGCACCAGUUGCUUCGACUGUCGCGAUACAACAGCAUCACCCGACCAUCAGUACAGCUACAAGUACAAUUCGGCAGGCUUCAGGGCCGGUAAUUGUACCGAAAACGACGCAGUUGAAUACCGCCGUGAAAACCCUCGUAUCUUCACCACACAAUAAAUCCAUCACCACGAGCAGCACGCUCACCAAAACCGUAGUGCCUUCCAUACAGCCAAAACCCGCCACCAAGGAGAAAGAAAAAAAGACCUUCUCUUCGGCUGGAUACACAGGUGACGACGACAUAAAUGAUGUAGCAGCAAUGGGAGGAGUUAACCUUGCAGAAGAAUCUCAAAGAAUCCUUGGGUCGACAAAGUUUGUAGGGACGCAAAUAAGAUCCUGCAAGGAUGAGGUGUUUCUUCACAUGACUCCUCUUCAAGAAAAGAUAAAUGAAAUAGUUACAAGUUACGGUUUAGAGGAACCUAAUCAAGAAGUAGCCGCAUUAAUUUCACAUGCAGCUCAAGAAAGGUUGAAAAACUUGAUAGAAAAAUUAGCUAUAAUUGCCGAACAUAGGAUAGACUUUGUUAAAGUUGAUCCACGAUACGAAGUCACACAAGAUGUGAGAGCACAGUUAAAGUUUUUAGAAGAAUUAGAUAAAGUAGAGCGUAAAAGGCACGAGGAGCAGGAGAGAGAAGUGCUUCUGAAAGCGGCGAAAAGUCGCACGAAAACAGAAGACCCGGAACAGGCAAAGCUCAAAGCGAAAGCCAAAGAGAUGCAACGAGUGGAAAUGGAAGAGGCGCGAACGCGUGAGGCAAAUGCAACGGCACUGCAGGCGAUUGGGCCUCGAAAGAAACCCAAACUUGACAUUGGCGGCUCGGUAACUAACAGUUUAGGUGGAACUGGUAGUUUUACUUCGUCUUCGGGUUUGGGACGGCAAAUGCCAUUGCGACCAAGGCUUAAACGGGUCAAUUUCCGCGAUCUGCUGUUCCUCCUUGAACAAGAGAAAGAAACCUGUCGGAGCACGACCCUCUACAAGUCUUAUCUAAAGUGAUUGGAGACGAGUGGUGUGUCUUAUUUGUUGUUCUUCUGUCAAGCGCCAAUUUUUUCGAUGAACGCUUGUAUACGAUUGAUCGUCGAUGCGCAGCUUCCCUCAUUAAUGUAUAUAUUGACUGAAAAUUUUUCGGACUCUCGUGGAGUGUAGCGUAAUGUAGCAAGAAUUUGCUUCAUGUUUUUUUUUUUUUUUUUUUUUUUUUUUUGAUAUUUUUUACUUAUAAUGUACAGUUAUAGUUUUGAGUGGCGAGGUUGUACAAUUGAGAUAUACGUAUUACCCUGGUUGGAAGAUUUCAUUUAGAAAUGAAUGGUUACGACUUUGAGAUACUUAUGUAUGAUUCAGCGGAGUAUUUCAAUACACACAUUGUAGGCUGUAUCGUGUGCGCUACGAAAGACAGUUUUUAAUAUCAGAUAUAUACCAAAUGAUCGGACUAUCGACUGACGGUAGAUGCAUUAUUAAUUUUUAAUUUAGUCACGGUAGUGAAUUCAAUUUGCAUGUUUAGAAUAUAAUCAACCAAGAAAAAAAAAUUUUCUUUUAAUUGGUAAAAACUGGCCUUAUUUCGAUGAAGUGAUUUAACCAGGGUUAAUCAGUGGCAUUCAUUACACGACUGCGUGAAAAUUGUACGAUGAGUGUUUUCCGAGUCAUCAUUACUUGAGUAUAAUAACGGUGCGUUAUGUCUCCUCAGAAACCGUGUAGGCGGUUCAGUAAAAGGUUCAUUUUCUUUUGUCUAUUUUGUAAAAUUUAUGUUUGAGAACAAGUCAUUUUCUUUUUGUUAUUCGACAUGUACUUUUGGACAUCAUACGAGACGUUUUCGAAAUUCUCGGUUAAACUACCAUGUAUUUUUAUACAUUUGUAAAGUAAGUUCCAUAUGCGUCAUCCUAAAGUAUAAGCUAUUUUUUGUAUAUUAUUAUUUUAUUCAGCUACUAUUCAGUAUGUUACAAAUCAUUGUUUCUGUCGACAUAUAAAAAAGUGAUAGCCUAGGGGACUGUUAUUGUUGUUAUAUUUAUGUAUGACUAUAGUUUAAAACAAAAACAAAAAGUGCACUGUGUAUUUUUUCGGUAAAUUGGCAAACUGAUUUUCAAGUCAAUACCAUCUUUCAAUCAACUUAAAAUUCGAAUGAAAUUUCUAUUUCACAUUUGACUACUUUGAUCCUUGUGAUCGUAUUGCAUAAUCGGUAUAAAUCAAACAAAAUAUGAGGAGACCUAGUCUCGUGCUUAGCAAAGAGAGAUAAAUAAUGGAUAGAGUUGGUCAGAAGCAAAUCAAUUUAAAGUGUGUACCUGAUUUAUCCGUUGGAAGAUUAAAUUAGCUUUACUAUGAUGCUAAUAAAAAUCGGGUGCCUACAAUCAGAUAGUUAAAUUAUUUUGCAAUGUAUCUGAAAAAGUUCUAUUUGGAAUAUAUUUCUUUAGUCAUAUUUUGAUAAAAAAUAAUCAAGGGGUAAAGCGAUAAAAUUCUUUUUUCUAGGUUUUAUCUGAGUGUGGAACAUUCUGAAUGUAUAAAAUUAUUCUUUAAUUAUUUUUUAUAUAGUAAAAUUAAAAUAUGUGUUUUGUUAUUGGAAAUCCCGUAAGUCUUCAAAAUAUACUCUACGAUUGACGAAAAAAAUCUUCUGUAACAAAUGUAAAGAUUAUUUCAAUUUCAUUAAGAUAUGUGCAAAAAAGAUCUAAUCUAUUCUCUUUGCAUAAGCCUGAGCGAUUUUUGUAAUAUAUUGUACAGGAAAAGUUUUUUUACAUGUACAGAAAUAAAAUGAAAAUAAACUAGCAAAAAUUAAAAAUGAGAAAGCGUCAGUGGUGUACUCGUUAAUGCACCAUUUUAUUAACUAGCAGAUUACUUGAAGUUAUAAAACAAAACUAUUGUCACAAUUAAAUGUAUUUAUAAAAAGUAAGAGAUAAAGAAUACUUUUAAGAUUAACAAUGAAAAGCUUGUACGUAAAUACUGCAAAACUCAAUGACAUCUAUAUUGAAAAAAAAUUAGAAUGAGACAUUUAUGCUUCCUUUUGCACAUUUUUUUCAGCAGGCAUCUUUUUGAAAAACAAGAUUAUAGUAUAGUUAUUUUAUGUUGACGUUGCAACGAUUGACCUAUUUAUAAACAAACCAGAGUUGAUAAAAUGUCAAAGAAUAAUAUUUGUAGUUUUGAAAAUUAGACAUUUUUCUAUCUAACAGUGAUUAUCGUCGAUCCAUUUCUAGAUGUAAUGUCGACGAAAAAUAUUUUCGUUGCGUAUCCAAACUAUGUAAAUACAUAAAUUAAGAUUCCUUUUUGUUGUAAAUUAUUUUGUGCAAGUUAUAAGAAAUACUGUAAUGUUAUAUAUAGAUAAAAAAAACAAAUUUUUCUUUUCCACAUACAAAUCAUCUUUUGUACAUACAUAAUUUUACAUUUAUUUUUGGGAAAAGAAGAAUAAUGAUCCUUUGUAUUAUAGAGAAAAAACAAAUAUAUAUAACACAAAAGAUUCAAUUAUUUAUUUUUGUUUUUCUUUUCCAGCCUUUACAAAAUGACUAAUCAGUUUUUUCAAUUCUUCUGAACUUUACUUAUGAUUUAAUAAAUUGUAGCAAUAGCUUUAUAAACGCAAACUUAAACAAAAAAUUUUUUUAAUCUACUAAAAGGCUUAUGGUAGAAUGAUUUAAUCUAAGAAAAUCAAAUAUAUUAGUAUAGCAGAUUUAUUACUACCUACU